CAGUAUCGAUGGCGAUCAGACGCGUAGCAGCUGGAAAACGGAUGUAUCAAUAAGUAGCACGAAUGGUUGUUUUUGCCAGUCGUGUCGAGUGUGUGUGAUUGUGUGAAACAUUAAGGUUUCAUAGCGUAAAGAAGUGAAGCAAAAGCGCGUUUCCGAGAAGAGUGAGUAGAUCGCGAUGAGCAGCGAUGAAUGGCAGUGAAAAUUCCGUAAUUUAGCCGCAUCGUUUCCCUCCCUCGGGGGGAGAGGUGUAGACGAGGGGGGAGAGCCGCAGAUCUACUCUUUUUCGCCUCCAGAAGCUCCCCGGUGUUGGAUCGUAGUAUCGUAUCGUAACCAAGUGAGCAGUUGUGAGCAUCGAAACCGUGAGAAAUAAUUCCGUUUACUAUACAAAAAUAAAGAAAAACCCCCGGGUUGUGGGAGAGAAUCACCGUAAAAGGAAGCUCUCAGACUAUUGGUGGGCGUGUGUAUGUGUGUGUGUGUGCAGGAAGAGCCAGCGAGGACGAAAGCAAGGACGAUACUUUAGCAGCACCCUAUACUCACACCGCCUGCCGGCCAUAAAAGGUGUACCUGGGUUCGGCAUUGCACGUUGAGUUGCUCCUUACCUCAGAUACGUUGCCUGGAAAGGAACAACUACAUCGGACGAUCGAAUGGUGCAGCGAAGCUGUGGCGAACCACCGUUACGGUGGUGGCGGUUGUCCUAAUCUCCAUCGCCUGGCGGCCAUCGCCACCGCCAUUAUUUUUGCUGACGGUAGCAGCUUUCUAGAAGUAGUGUUCGAUUCCAUUUCGCUUCAAACGAGAGGUUAAUGCACUAAGGAAAGAAAACACUGUCUCCUUGGAUCCGAUGCCAUUGCUACAGGAUCAACUGCCUUCCUAGGAGAGCCGAGUGUAGAAUAAAGGCAAGGAGUUUCGCAGGAUCACACUCGCACACACACAAAGGGAAUACGCCAUCCAUCGUAGUUUUUUUGGUUAACGCCUGGGAGACUGGGAAGAAGUCAUCGGUAGAAAGAACUUUUUGAAUUUUUGGAGUACAGUAGUUCCGGUGCAUUAGAUAGGAACUAAGAAAUCUACUACGGAUAUACAAGACGUAGCGUUGUAUCUGUUUAAUGAAAUUUGGUGCCUGCAAUUUGUGCUCGUUCGUGUAUCCUACAUUUUGGGACGAAAUACGUAACGAAAUUUGGAUUCGUUCUCCGGUCUACAGAAAUAGAGCGAGAAGCAAAACAACACCAUGGCUACCGAUCAAAAAGACGUCCUGGCGGGAUUGAACUUGUCGAAACUGUCCGUUCAAUCUCCUGCGGCGCGCCUUAAGGAGCUGGAAAAUCUUAUCCUCGACCAGGUAACGUCGGGCGGCAAUGCGAACAACAACUUCAACGGGGGCAGCAAUGCCAAUGGCACAACCAACAGUCCCCUGUUCGGCAACAUCCUCGGUGGGGUGGUGGCGGCCGCCGGUCUCUCGGCGGAGAAGUUCCUAUCGGUCGAGACCAUGCUCGACUGCCUGCUGGUGCUGUACGACGAGUGCUGCAACUCAUCGCUGCGCCGGGAGAAGACAGUGUCGGACUUUAUCGAACUGAUGAAGUCGGUUGUGCAGAGCAUCAAGCAGCUGCGCCUGUCGCGGGAUGACUUCGAGGUGCUGAAGGUGAUCGGACGCGGUGCGUUCGGGGAGGUGUGCGUCGUGCGGAUGCACCACACUAGUCAGAUCUAUGCAAUGAAGAUACUGAACAAAUGGGAAAUGUUGAAGCGUGCCGAGACAGCCUGCUUUCGAGAGGAGCGCGAUGUGCUCGUUUUUGGUGAUCGGCGAUGGAUCACUAACUUGCAUUACGCUUUCCAGGACGACAUCAAUUUGUACCUCAUAAUGGAUUACUACUGCGGUGGAGAUUUGUUGACAUUGCUGAGCAAAUUUGAGGACCGUCUACCAGAGGACAUGGCGCGGUUCUACAUUGCCGAGAUGGUUCUGGCAAUACACAGCAUCCACGAGCUAAAGUACGUCCACCGGGAUAUCAAGCCGGACAACAUCGUUCUGGACGCGAGCGGGCACGUGCGGUUAGCCGAUUUUGGCUCCUGCUUGCGGCUCGGUCCGCAGGGCACCGUCCAGUCGAACGUAGCGGUCGGCACGCCGGACUACAUCUCGCCGGAAAUCCUACGCGCGAUGGAAGAUGGCCAGGGCAAGUAUGGACCGGAGUGCGACUGGUGGUCGUUGGGCGUGUGCAUGUACGAGAUGCUGUACGGUGAGACGCCCUUCUACGCGGAAAGUCUCGUGGAGACGUACGGCAAGAUCAUGGCCCACAAAAACUCGUUCGAUUUCCCGAACGACGACGAGGAGUAUGGCGUGAGCGAACAGGCGAAGGAUCUGAUCCGGGGGCUGAUCUGUGCGCCCGAGUAUCGUCUCGGGCAGAACGGUAUCGACGAUUUCAAGGCGCACCCGUGGUUCGAGGGUAUCAGCUGGGAGACGAUACGGAACGGGCAGGCACCGUAUAUACCGGAGGUUUCUAGUCCAACCGAUACGUCCAACUUCGACGUGGACGAUGCGGAUGUCAAGCAGUCGGAUGCAGUGCCACCGACGACGAAUCCGGCCUUCUCCGGACACCAUCUGCCGUUCGUAGGGUUCACUUUUACCAAGGACAGCUCGUUGUCGGACGUGGGAAGAUUGUCGCGUGCCAUGGGUAACAAUAUUAGUCAAUUGGCAGGUAGUGGUGGCGUUCCGUCGGUAGCGCCGCUCAAGCUGGACAAACACGGUUCGGAGGAGAAACAGCGUCUCAGUCCGGAUAGCACGCGAAAGCUGCAGGAUGAGAUAAACAUUCUGACUAAGCGUAACUGUGAGCUGGAGAGCCAGAUUAAGAGCUUCGAACGCGUCGGGGCACUCUCCGUCGGCACCUCGUCCGAUUCUGUUGAUGGCCAGAGUGACGCCAAGUUAAAGGAGCACGAAAAGAUAAUCCGUUUAUUGCGGCAAGAGAAGGAGGACCUGCAGAAGGAGCACCAGGAUGCGCUCGACCGCUUGAAGCAGCAGGACAAAGAACUGAAAGACGCACUGGAACAGCGCAAGCUGGCCAUGACCGAGUACACCGAGGUGACGGACAAGCUUUCCGACCUGCGCCAACAGAAGCAAAAAAUUUCCCGCCAGGUGCGCGACAAGGAGGAAGAGCUGGAAGUCACGAUGCAGAAAGUGGAUACACUGCGCAUUGAGCUGCGCAAGACGGAUAAGCUGCGCCGGGAGCAGGAUGCCCGCAUUCAAGAUUUGCUGUCGGAGUUGAACCGUGAGCGACAACAGCGCGAACGUUCGGAAGAAUGUUACCGGCAGCUGCAGGUGGAGGCUCGAAGUCGUAGCUCGUCGGAGUUGGGUUCGUCGAACUCACUCGGAAUAUCGUCUUCGGACUCCAUCCGACUCGAGAUUGAUCGUCUCGAAGUGGAGUACAGUGAGAAAAUUAAUCAACAGCAGACGCGCUACAAUAUCGAAAUAUCGGCCCUGCGCGAUCAGCUGAACGAGGCGGACAACCAUCGGGAGAUGUUGCAACGCGAACUGCAGCAGGCCCGUGAGAAGCUGGAUUCGAGCCGUCUCGAGUCGCUUACGGACUCGGAGGAGACGAUCCUGGAGCUGCGCAAGCGACACGACCGUGAGAAGAAGAUCCUGCUUGACGACAACCGUAAACUGAUCACUGAUGUCGAGCUACUUAGUGAGUCGAACCGCCGUCUGACCAACGAACGACUGCAAAUGGAAAGCGAAUAUGAAGACCUAAGAAAUAGACGCCAGGCAUUCAGUCAGUGGGAACGUCAGAUUGCGGAAAUCAUUCAGUGGGUGUCGGAUGAGAAGGACGCUCGCGGGUAUCUGCAGGCUCUCGCGACGAAAAUGACCGAAGAGCUCGAGUACCUGAAGCACUCUGGGCCGUUGAAUCACAACGCGAGCGAUAACAAGAACUGGCGCAACCGACGCUCGCAAAAGCUCGAUAAGAUGGAGCUGCUCAAUCUGCAGAGCUCGCUGCAGAACGAAAUCCAGGCGAAGGCUGUGAUUUCCGAGGAGCUUACGCGCACCCGCACUGAUCUGGUGGCGGCUCAAAAGGAUCUUCUCGAGACGCGACAAAUUUGUGAAUCGAUUGGAAGCGAACUGAAACGCAAGGAAAGCAUGAUCAAAGAACUACAACAGCGUCUAGAGUCGAACGAAGGAUUCCUGGAACGGCCUUCCUCGCAGAUGUCCUACCUGGAUCAUUUCCUGAAGGAGUCGAGCGGUGUCGGCAGCGGUGGUGGAGGUUCCAGCUCAACGACGCACACAAACUCCAUGUUAGCGAUCAAUAUGGUUCAGCAACAACAGCAGCAGCAGCAAGUGCAAUCGCAGCAAAUACCGCAAGCACAUCAUACGUACAGCAACCAGCAACAGUUGCUCCAGCAGGCGCAACAAGAACAGCAGGCGCAGCAACAGCAGCAGCAGCAGCAACAACAACAGCAAGCACUGCAUCAUUCAAACUACUCGAUGGAGAGCGAAGAUGGCGAUGUGGAGGAUAACAAUCGGGGCCAUUCGUUGUCCAGCUCGAAAAGCAAUUUGAGUGACCAUUCGUUGAGUUUGCACAGCGUAAUGAUGUCACACCAGCAGGAUCUUCAUCCGCACCGACAGCAGAAGGCUAAGAUACACCAGUUUCUCGUACGCACUUUCUCCAGUCCGACCAAGUGCAACCACUGCACGUCGCUAAUGGUGGGCCUGACGCGUCAGGGCGUUGUGUGUGAACUGUGCGGCUUUGCCUGCCACAUGAUUUGCUGCCCGAAGGUGCCGACCCAGUGUCCGGUACCAUCGGAUCAGACAAAACGUCCACUCGGUAUUGAUCCGACACGUGGCAUCGGAACGGCCUACGAAGGCUACGUGAAGGUACCGAAGCUGGGCGGCGUCAAACGGGGCUGGGUGCGGCAGUUUGUAGUUGUGUGUGAUUUUAAGCUGUUCCUGUACGACAUUUCCGCUGACCGCAGCGCCUUACCGAGUGUGCACGUAACGCAGGUCUUGGAUAUGCGUGAUCCAGAGUUCACAGUUUCCGGUGUACGCGAAAGCGAUGUUAUCCAUGCAACGAAGAAGGAUGUCCCGUGUAUAUUUAGGAUAACAACUUCCCUGCUUGACGGUGGUCCUUCGUUGCAAACACUGAUGCUGGCUGAUACGGAGUCAGAAAAGGCCAAAUGGGUAGUGGCGUUAAGCGAACUGCAUCGCAUACUGAAGCGCAACAAUCUGCCCAACACGGCCAUGUUCCGGGUGCGCGAGGUGCUUGACAGUACGGUUUCAGCCAUUCGCAAUGCACUGAGCGCGCUUAUCAUCGACCCCGAGCGAAUACUGCUCGGUACCGAGGAUGGUCUGUUCUGUCUUGAUCUGGAUCGUAGCCAGAUCGCACGCAUCGGCGAAAGCAAGAAAGUGUAUCAGUUGUGGUACAUCGCCGAAGAGCAGUUGUUGGUAAUUCUGUGCGGCAAGCAGCGCCAUCUGAGGCUGCUACCGAUCCGAGCCCUCGAAACGGUGGAUGUCGAGUGGAUCAAGGUGGCUGAGUCCAAGAACUGCAUUACCGCCUGCACCGGUAUUAUCGAGCGAGGCCCACAGCCGGUGUUCUGCAUCGUGUUGGCGCUGAAACGGCAAAACACCUCCCAGAUCGUGGUGUAUGUUGUGAAUAGGGACCGCAGUCGGCACCACAAGAUGUGCGAGUUCACCGUCGCCUAUCCCGUGCAGAGCCUGCAGGUACUGUCGGAUAUGCGGCUCGCCGUAGGCCAUCAAAGUGGUUUUACCGCUUACUGUUUGCAAGGAGCUGCCAAGGCGAUGCCUCUUGUACACCCGGAAAACCAGUUGAACAACUUCCUUAACUUCUCCGGUGUUGAUGCGUGGCGCGUUAUCGAGAUUCAGUCAGGUCACGGAGCAAAUGUGCACGGUGAAUAUCUACUCGUAUUUCAGACGCUUGCAAUUUACGUCGAUCUGCAAGGUCGAAAAUCCCGCGAUCGUGAAAUAAUGUACCCAGCAGUACCAAAGCAUAUCACGUACUGCGAUGGCCAUCUCCUAGUCUACUCGGAAACCCAUUUGGAUAUCUUCAACACGCAAACUGCUGAAUGGGUUCAGUCAAUUGGUUUGAAACGUUCCCGUCCACUAAUGAACAAUGGCAGCCUUACGCUUACCUAUCUGAACGAUAGUGUACACGUUGUUUACCUGGCGAAUAUGCACACGAGAGAAUUGCUCAACCUUUCACCAUGUGACAGGGACGGUCGUCUCAAGACGAAAAGAUUUUCAUUGCGUGAGCCAAACCGAACCAUUCGGACUAGCACCGAUCGUCGUUCAAAACUCAUCUCCGCCCCAACCAACUUCAACCACAUCUCCCACAUGGGUCCGGGCGACGGAAUCCAGAAGCAGCGGCUGCUCGACUUACCGACCACGAUCGAGACGGCCGAUCAGAGCACCCAACAGCAAAGAAUUUCAACUAUGCGUCACGCUCCUCCGCCACCUCGUGCACCGCCACGUCCAUCGAUGGUUCAUCCUCUUAAUGGUUCAAACAAUUCUUUACCAGGUGCUAAACGGGCGGCUCCAGCCAGGCCACGCGAUCAUCCACCAUCGUUACCACGUUCACCUAGUCCUUUGGGUAGUAUGUCCUCGUUACAUGAUGUUCUGAAGGUGUCGGUCGCUGAUAUGCAGUCCGAAUCGCGUCAAAGCGUUGCGAGCAACAACUCCAGCUCGGUAUCGACCCCACCAUCUCCGACGAACGAUCGAUUGAGUUCCAGUUACGACUCAUAAUGUUUCCUGAAAUAUUUCACCAAAUUGCUUAAUAUUCGUUCUACAUUUGAACGCAACAGGCAAACGUUUUGUUUGAGGCCAGCCUCGGCGCCCAGGCAUCCGGUUCGUCGUAGUUCAGAUGCUUAGGUUGGGUUUCAUCGUUACUUAUGCAUGUCAGGCGCCAUAAACUUUGUUUGCAUUUCUUUUCCAAAUGUCUACUGAAUCUUAAAUAUAUUUGAGGAACAGCAACACCGCCGUUACAUAACAUACAA